AUGCAGAGCAGCAACACUCUUUGCCGUCAAUCAGACCCAAGUCGCCACCAGCAAUUCUACCUCAAUUCAACAAUGAGAGCCCAGAAACGAAGCCGCUCUGGAAGACCCCAAGACGGUGGCUCCGCCAAACUGAGGAAAAUUAGGAGAGAUGGGUUUAAGGGGCCGAGCAGAGGAGGUAGCAAACCGAAAAAGGAGCAGCCCCGGUAUGAUGAGGAUGCACCUCGAACCCAGAUUCAAGGGGACUCAUUUGAGGAGCAGGCAGAUGGUGAUUUUGAGGUUGAAGAACCUAAAGAAGUUGGGUUCGGACAGCCGACAGUGUAUGACGAUUUGCUGAGGAAACUAGGAUCGCGCAAUGUAUCUGUUGCAGAUGCUUUAAGAAGAAGGCAAAGAGAGGAACAAGGGGAAAGUGAUUCAGAUGAAGAUGUAGACAGUGGUCCAGAAUCUAUUAAUGAUUCAGAAGAGACUAAGGAUGAUGGCGAGGAUGGAAUCGAUAAUAUGCCUGCCAAGGGUAAUAUUGUUCAAAAUAGGGCAAAAGGUGGUGUGGAACUGAGUGAAGAUGUUGGGACAGACGAAGAUGAUGCAACAGUGAUGUCUGACACCGAUGAUGAAAGUGAUUUGAGAGUGAAUAAUCAGUCCCUUUCAGAGAGAUCUAUGAUCUUAAGUAGCUUUGACAAUCAUUUGUCUCACAAAAUAUCCUCCUCAGAGAUUGACCAUUUAAUGAAAAGAAAAUGGAGGUACACAUGGAAAAUGCCUGCUCUUAACCUGUCAAGUUGCUACUGGAGAGGAACAGGAACAUGUGCAAUUAAGGAUUCUGAUGUAAAUGCACAUUAUGAUCUGAAGCCAAGAUUAUACAAGCAUUGGCUGGAAAUUUUCAAUGCUUCAGGAGGCAGUGAUUUUCAUCAAUCUAAACAGAGAUCAUUUUUCUCUAUUUGUAACAGCUAUUAUGAUAUAAUGCACCAUAACAAGAAGCCCUUUUACCUCAAAGGACUGGAAGAAGAUUCAAAUAUCAUGGAUGCUUAUCUUAUGCACUCUUUAAAUCACAUCUUCAGGAGUAGAGAUCUUAUGUUAAAAAAUGGAAGAAUAUUGGCCAAGAAUCAAGACAGUUUGGAGGGCAAAGCUGUUGACUAUGAAUCUUAUCUCGAUCGUGGGUUUACUCGUCCAAAGGUUUUGAUCCUUUUGCCACUUGCUGGUAUUGCGCGUCGAGUUGUCAAGAGGUUGAUCCAGUUGACUCCAACUAAGCAUAAGGCCAAUGUGGAAAACUUGGAACGUUUUUACGAAGAAUUCGGUUCUGGAAGAACUGAGGACAAGGAUGGUGAGGAUGACCCAGAACUACACAAACCCAAACAGUCUACAAAACCUCCCGACCACCAAGCAUUACUGGGUAGGGAUAAUGACAAUGAUCACUUUAUGAUAGGCGUGAAAUACACCAACAAGGGAAUAAAUUUGUAUGGUGAUUUCUACUCAUCGGAUGUCCUUAUUGCCUCUCCUCUGGGCAUAAUCACUAAAAUUGGGGAGGCAGAAGUUGACAAAGAAAAAGAUUUUGAUUAUCUAUCUUCAAUAGAAAUCUUAAUCAUUGAUCAUGCAGAUAUCAUGCUAAUGCAGAAUUGGUCCCAUGUGAAUACUGUUGUUGAACAUAUGAAUAAACUGCCGUCUAAGCAACAUGGAACCGAUAUUAUGCGCAUUAGGCCAUGGUACCUGGAUGGACAAGCACGGUUCUAUCGGCAAACAAUAAUUUUGAGUUCUCAUGUAAAUCCAGAACUCAAUGCCCUUUUUAAUCAACAUUGCCUUAAUUACCAGGGAAAGGUCAAAUUGGAGUGCAAGUAUAAAGGUGUUCUUCCAAAAAUAUUAAUUCCAGUGCGACAGAUUUAUGAGCGUUUUGAUACUGAAUCUAUAGCAGAAGCUGAUGAUGCUCGACUUAAAUAUUUUUGUGAAAAGGUUUUCCCCAAGAUAAAAGAUUCUGUUCAGAAUGGUGUAAUGAUAUUUAUUAGUUCUUACUUUGAGUUUGUCCGACUCCGGAAUUAUUUGAAGUCACAAGCUGCUUCCGUCUGCUUGUUCGGAGAGUAUAUAAAACGAAACGAUAUAUCUCAUGUUCGGGGGCAGUUUUUCAGAGGGGAAAAGAAAAUUAUGCUUUAUACCGAGAGAGCCCAUUUCUACUACAGAUACAAGAUUCGUGGCGUGAAGAACUUAAUCAUCUAUUCCCUGCCCGAGAGAAAAGAAUUUUACCCUGAGAUUGUUAACUUGCUGGAAGAGUCAGACAGCAUGAAUUGCAGAGUCCUAUUUUCUCGUUUGGAUCAUCUUCGGCUGGAGAGAAUAGUUGGUUCUGCUGCUGCAAAACGGAUGGUCGACUCAGAGAAGUCUGUUUUUGUUUUCGCUUAG